GAGGUCGGUGUUGCGAAGGGGACUAGUCCGGCGCAGGACGUGGGGCUGUUGGAACCCAGCUGGUUCCGGCUGGGAAAAAUGGCGGUGGCUGGGGCGGCGUCCCGGGAGCAGCUGGUGGGCUGGUGCACCCAACAGUUGCGGAAAACGUUCGGCCUGGAUGUCAGCGAGGAGAUCAUGCAGUAUGUUUUGUCAAUUGAGAGUGCUGAAGAGAUACGAGAAUAUGUUACUGACCUUCUUCAGGGAAAUGAGGACAAAAAAGGUCAAUUCAUUGAGGAGCUUAUAAUGAAAUGGCAAAAGAAUGAUCAGGAGUUGAGCUCGGAUGCUCUGCAACAGUCCUUCAAAAAAGAUGAAAUGUUGGAUGGGCAGAGAUCAGGAGACCAGCUAAAGAGGAGUAGGCGGAAAGGAAGAAAUAGACAGGAAGUUCCUGCAUUUGCUGAACCUGACACAACUAGGGAGGUCAAAACACCUUUUGAUUUGGCCAAGGCACAAGAGAACAGCAACUCCUUAAAGAAGAAGACAAAGUUUGUCAGUUUAUACACAAAAGAGGGACAGGACAGGCUUGCAGUCCUGAUCCCUGGUCGCCAUCCUUGUGAUUGCCUGGGCCAGAAGCACAAGCUGAUCAAUAACUGUCUGAUCUGUGGGCGGAUUGUCUGUGAACAGGAGGGCUCUGGCCCCUGCUUUUUCUGUGGUACUCUGGUAUGUACUCGUGAAGAACAGGAUAUUUUACAGCGUGACUCAAACAAGAGCCAGAAACUGCUGAAAAAGCUAAUGUCAGGGACGGAGAAUUCUGGAAAAGCAGACAUCUCUACCAAGGACCUUCUUCCUCAUCAAGAAUUGCGAAUUAAGUCUGGUCUGGAGAAGGCUAUUAAGCAUAAAGACAAACUGUUAGAAUUUGAUAGAACUAGCAUUCGAAGAACCCAAGUCAUUGAUGAUGAGUCAGAUUACUUUGCCAGUGAUUCUAACCAGUGGUUGUCUAAAAUUGAGCGGGAGACCUUGCAAAAGCGAGAGGAGGAGCUGAGAGAAUUUCGACAUAUGUCUCGACUCUCUAAGAAAAUCACCAUUGACUUUGCAGGCAGGAAGAUUGUGGAAGAUGAAAAUCCACUAGCAGAGUAUCACAGCAAACUAGAUGAGACAAUACAGGCAAUUGCCAAUGGAACCUUGAACCAACCACUGACCAAAUUGGAUAGAUCUUCUGACGAGCCUUUGGGAGUUCUGGUGAAUCCCAACCUGUACCAGUCCCCUCCCCAGUGGAUAGACCAGACAGGUGCAGCCUCACAGAAGAAGGCUUUCCGUUCAGCAGGAUCAGAACUAGAAUUCAACUCCUAUCGGCACCAGCUGCGAAUCCAGGACCAAGAAUUUCAGGAAGGCUUUGAUGGUGGCUGGUGCCUCUCUAUGCAUCAGCCCUGGGCUUCUCUGCUUGUCAGAGGGAUCAAAAGGGUGGAGGGCAGAAGCUGGUACACUCCGCACAGAGGACGACUUUGGAUAGCAGCCACAGCCAAAAGACCCUCCCCUCAAGAAGUCUCAGAACUCCAGACUACAUAUCGUGUUCUUCGUGGGAAAGAUGUGGAAUUUCCCAACGACUAUCCAUCAGGUUGUCUUCUGGGCUGUGUGGACCUCAUUGACUGCUUGUCCCAGAAGGAGUUUAAGGAUCAGUAUCCAGACAUGAGUCAAGAAUCUGAUUCUCCAUUUGUUUUCAUCUGCACAAAUCCCCAGGAAAUGAUUGUGAAGUUUCCUAUUAAAGGAAAUCCAAAAAUCUGGAAACUGGAUUCCAAGAUCCAUCAAGGAGCAAAGAAGGGGUUAAUGAAGCAGAAUAAAGCUGUCUGACCCAGGAGAAAAGGAACUAUACAGCAUAGUGGAGUUUUGUGUACUAAAAUUGCUAUCCACUGGUCCUUUGGAAUUGAAGCAUUAGAAAUCUAAAGGCUCGGCAUCAGGCUUGAAUCUCUCAGAAUUUAAACUCUUACCUAAAUCUGUAUAUUUUUCUUAAAGAGUGGGAUUCUUACUUUAUGUAGUAGGUUAAAAUCUUUGAAUACAUUAUUUAUAAAAUGCUAUUUUAAAAAUUCUAGGUCUUUGACAUUUCUCUCAGAAUGGUAUCAGAAGAGAGAGCAACAAGUUGGAAAUUACUUUCUUCUCUGAGGCUUAGAUUGGAGGUUAGGAAAAUUCUUAACAGAGGUUAACAAUUUUUUUGAGAGACCACUUGAAUUUUAAAGUUUCUUUUCAAAGUAAUAGCCUCAUUGGAAUGUUAGGAUGUUUGAGGAAUCCUGUGUUUAAUACAAACCUGUGAAUGGGACAGAAAGGGGUUUUAACAAGUUUUUUGCUCUCAUCCAGCAUCUCUUGAAGUGAACAGUCUUCAAAAGCUGAAUAAACUUUUUUGGCAGAUUUUUUUUUUUUUUGAAGGGAUAACCUGAAGAGGUGCUGCCACUUUGUUCUUUGAUUUGAGAUGUUAGGACAUAAGAGGAUCAGACUGGGAAGAGAUGGAGCCACCUGUUAAAGCAGCAUGAAAGUGCCCUAUUUAUUGUUGUGGAUAUUGCAAAAGCAUCACUUGGAUGGGGCAAUUAGAAACAAACUAAAAAAUAAAGUCCCCCAGUAAAAUGUAUUCAAAUACCCUCAAAUGCUGAAACCCAGCCAUUUAAACCAUCCACACCUCAGGAAGCUAUGAGCUUUGGAAAAAUAGAAGGUUGAUUUGAAAUGAGAUUUUCACUCAUCAGUCUGGCCGCACUUAGUGAAGCACUUUUUUUCUGAGGCUGUUCAGUAGAGCUGUCAAAAUCUCAGUUGCUGGCAUCCUCAGGAAAUUCAUGGUCUUCAAUGUGUAUGUUCUGCUUUUUAUAAAGCACCACCACCACACUAGGGAAGUUGGAUUCCCUCCAGCAGUUGUGUGCAUGACUUAAAAAAGAGAGCGGACAGGAGAGAAAAAAAAGUGCCCUGUGUUAUGAAAAAGAUUAAUUUCCCCUUUCUUUAAUCCUUCAUAUUCAGCAUGCAUUUGCAUUGAAAUGCCUGCACUUAUAUGCAUUGAUGUUCACUCAACUGUGAACCCUGCUUGUUGCAUAGCUCUAGGCACUGGUUUUGUGGGGCCCGAUCACUCUGGAUUCCCAGGGAAAACCCACCCGAUUCUUGUUCCGGUAAUGCAGACAUGCAGUAUUCUCAUUCUUUUCCUGUUCAACUUCUGUAGAGAAAGUGGAAGGGACAGCUAAUGGUACUUCUUUAGGGGGAAAAAAAAAAGUCCCAUUCUGGUCUCCUGAAGACCCUAGUACUGUACUAGUAAUGAAGCCUCACCGGGUUAAUAGUUUACCAAGCAGUAGUACCAUGAAUUCUGCACUGGAAUUGUCUGGUUUUCUGAAUAGCAAAAUAAAACCGAAAGGCAGGAGGUGAAGGGCCUAGGGAACAACAACAAGUUUUCUGCCUUUUUAGGUGAAUGACAGCUCAAGCACAGAGGAGUCUGGAUUGAUUUUUUUCACCUGGAUAGAUUGUGUGUGCGUGCCUAAAGAAAAACAUUAGGACCUGCAAGAUCAGGUUAUGCAACAAUUUUGUGUGCUGUCAUAAGAAAGUUUACAAGAACAUUACAAGUUUACAAGAACCCACCUCAGCAUCCAAAAUAUGCAUCUGGAGCCACAUGAGUAAAUGGCAGAGUAACUUGGAAACUUCUUUUCAUGGUUAGACUGUGAAAGCCCGUCUUUAGUUCACGUGCUGGUGGUGUAAGGUAUGUCUUUUAUUUGUAGGACACCGGGGAGGAAGUGUGGGAGAGACUUGGGGGUAGAUGGCCCUCAGUUGCUCAGUGAUGAAUAGCAUAAUUUAAAGCCUAGUGGAAAUUCUUAACAUCCUGAGUACAAACUCGCCCAGGAAUUGCCUUUCAGUGCUUUACAACACUUUGCACUGACCCUUUUAACUCUGGGACAGCUUGGCCUGAGGGAAGUUUCACAUUUCUGAGCUGGUUUUCUUUUGCAGCCUAAAUAUUAUCGGCGCCCCCUUUUGGAUGGUUGAGUCCAGUGGCUCUCAAUUUGUAUAAUACCUGAAGGAUUCAGUGUUUUUAUUUUUCUAGGCAAGUCCCUGUCUCAAUUUUGUAAACUCAGAGUGGGAUAUAUAUAAACUAGAUACUUUCUCUGUCAGGAUUUAGGAGACUUCGGCUUUGCAGUCAGAUGUUUGGAAUGGAGUAAGGGUUUUUGUUUUGUUUUGUUUUUGCUUGCUGUAGCUAAUCUAGGGAAAGAGAACUAGGUGUCCCCUCUUUUCUCUUUAAGCUGGAAGUUUACAGAAACCCAUUUUUCCUAAGGUGUAGUGUGAAAAAUUUAGACUUUAAAGAUUACUUUUACAAAUAAUUACAAAGUUAUGGUUUUUAUGAGUUAUAACCCUUAAUCUCUUUCCAUUUUAACUGCUGUCUCUACUAAAGCCCAUUUAUGUGGAUUUCAUUUAGUUUGGUAAAUUUUUUUUAAUGCUUUUGCUAGAACUCCUAGCCAAGUUUGAGACAGUGUUGGGGUUGUUCUCUUGCCCAGCUAGAAAAGGCCAGUAAAAAAGCAAGCAUCUAUUAAACUAGAGAAAUCAACUAACUUCAGUUUAUUAGGCCUGCGGGGAGGAAAGAAAGGCUUGUGAUGAAGGCAUUUUUUUCCUUUAGAUUCAAAUAGCAAGUACACAUCUGCUGUUCUCAGCUUCUGUGACUGUGUUUGGAGGGAGGUGAUCCAUAUCACAGGCUCCAGCAGCAACAAGGGAUCCAGCAUGUGGAGGCCUUUUCUGCUUCUCUCACGCAGAGAAGAAAGAACAUAGCCACAGUUCCAUCCUCCAACACAAAGAAACUUGUGUAAAUGUCUGUCCAUUUAUAUGUAUGCACAUAAUGUGGAUUAAUUCAUGGGGUGAAACUUGGUAAACUGAUCAGAUUUCAAUUGUAACAAUGGAGAGCCCAGAAAAAAACCCAGUAAAUGUUGUAUUCUAGCUUGGAGUCAGAUAAAUAGGGCUGGGAUGGGGGUGGGGGAACUGAGAAUCCAUAUAGACUUGUGACACAGGAAGGGAGUAAGAUGUUGGCACAAGGGGCAAAAAAUGUCAAUACAGAAGAUUCGAGAAGAGUCUAGAGCUGUACUGUCUAAUAUGGUAGCCACUAACCACUUGUGGUUAUUUAAAUUAAAUGAAAUUAAGAAUUCAGUUCUUUAGUUAAAUUAACCAAAUUUCAAAGUCUCAAACAGCUACAUGUGGCUAGUGACUUCUGAACUGGAGGGCACAAAUAUAGAACAUUUCCAUCAUUGCAAAAAAUUCGAUUGGACAGUGCUUAUUCAAAGCAGGGGUUCACACACUUUUUCUGUACAGGGCCAGAUAGCAAAUAUUUUAGGCUUUCCAGGUUAUACAAGUCUCUGUUACACCUAUUCAACUCUGCUGUUACAGUGCAAAUGAAUCUAUAGAUAAUGCAUACAUGAAUGAGUGUGGCUAUGAGCCCAUAAAACUUUAUUUAUGGACACUGAAAUUUGAAUUUCAUAUUCUCACACCACAAAGUAUUGUUUUGAUUAUUUUUCAGCCAUUUAAAAGUAUAAUAACCACUCUUAGCUCAUGGGACAUCCCAAAACAGGCAGUGAGCAUGUGAGCCUUAAUUUGCCAACCCCUGGUCUAAAGGAACAGGAAGUCAAAACUUAAGAUUCUUUUGGUAUACAGGACAUCACUUAAAAUUUUUUGGUGGUUCUUCCAGGCUUGAGAACUUUCUUUGGCUAAAAAUUGAGGUUCACUGUAGGACUGUUUAUUUUCCUUUUCUCCCUAUUUUUGCAGUCCUGUCCUCCCCAGUGGUAGGGUCAUGCUGUUCGGUAGAAGAUGACUACUUAAGUGUUAGCCCUUAAUUAAGUCACAUCUAAGUUUAAAAUACCAAACCAUACUCUUCAUCUGUUAAGUAGUUGAAUCCUUACUUGUUACAUUGCCUAGCAGAGAUUGAAAGUGUGCUGUCACCUGGAAUCAGUUCUGCCCUCUACUAUACUAGAACAAGUUAAAGAUUGGUGGGCCAAAGAGAUCUUAUUCUUCCUAGGCCAGACAGGCUUAGUAUUCAUCUUUAGCCCCCCCCCACCGCGCCCACCUUGUGGGGGGUGUGUGUGUGUGUGUUUUCAUGGAGAAUAAAGGGGUUUUAUGACCUGGCUGUAUCCCCAAGUCACACACUAUCUUGAAUGGCACUGUUGAAGGAUGCCUCAGGAUAAGGGAAGAAAGGAAAGAUAAAAACUGCAGAGCUAAUUAAAUGAUCAAGGACACAGGAAGGACAUAAGAGGGACUAAGAAAGGGGAGCCUUGAGAAUUAAGAAAUUUCUGUUUGCUACGGAAGGAGGUGGAAGUUUUAGGGAAGAGGUCAUGAAGAGUUUACGUUUCACAAGUGAGAGGUGGGUGGGAAGGUUCACGUAAACAUGGACUGAAUGUCUGCUGUGUAGUGUGCUGGGCAAUCACAGAUGAAUGAAAGAUAAGCAAAGGUAAAAGUUACAGUCAUUAGAAACAGAAUGGUGGGUUGGAGAAGGACAGAAUAGGGCUUUUAGAUAAUAAAAAGCAACAAGAUUUGGUAAUACAGGAUGGUGAGAUGAAAAGGGAUAUAGAGAUGGGAAGUGGGUAUUUGGAGAGAAAAACAAGUGGUAAUCCUAAGAAAAAAAACCUGGAGAACAAAGGAUAAAAAAAUUAGGGGGUUGAUAAUUUGCUGAAGCAACGGAUAAAAUGGAUGAAACCAUUA